CAGACUCAUAACCUUAAAAGCAUCAAAAUGUCAACUGCUGCUGUGCAACUUAUUCAACAAGAUGAUCAAGUGGUGGUAGAUAAUGGUAUAUUUCAGCUCAGGCUGACAAAUCCUGGUGGAACAAUUGUUGGAAUUCAAUAUGGUGGAAUUGACAAUUUACUUGAGCUUAGUAAUCCAAGCUUGAAUGGAGGGUUCUGGGACUUAAACUGGAGUGAAGCUGGAAGCUCUGGAACAAGAGGAAAAUUCGACACGAUUGAAGGAACUAGUUUUCAAGUCAUCACUUUCAGUGAUGAAGUGGUAGAGCUUUCAUUCACGCGAAAAUGGGAUCCCUCUUUGCAGGGAGAGCAUUCACCAUUAAGUAUAGAUAAGAGGUUCAUAAUUCUCCAAGGCUCCUCGGGCUUCUACUCUUAUGCAAUUUAUGAACACACACAGGAUAUGCCAGCAUUCAACCUCAAUGAAACCAGGAUAGCUUUCAUGCUCAAAAUUGAAAAGUUCCAUUACAUGGCCAUGGCAGAUGACAGGCAGAGAUUCUUGCCCCUCCCCGAAGAUCGCUUACCCCCAAGAGGCGAAGAAUUAGCCUAUCCAGAAGCGGUCCUGCUUGUUGAUCCCGUUGAGCCAGAAUUCAAAGGAGAAGUUGAUGACAAGUAUCAAUACUCGUGCGAGAAUAAGGAUGACAAAGUGCACGGGUUUAUAUGUUUCGACCCUCCAGUGGGGUUCUGGCAAAUCACUCCCAGCAAUGAGUUCAGGACUGGUGGACCUAUUAAGCAGGAUCUCACUUCCCAUGUCAAUCCAACAACUCUUGCAAUGUUUGUGAGUACUCACUAUGGGGGAGAGGAUUUGGUGAUCAAAUUUGCACCAGGCGAGCCGUGGAAGAAAGUGUUCGGUCCUGUUUUCAUCUAUCUUAAUUCUGUUGUGGACAGAGAUGAUGCCUAUUCACUCUGGGAUGAUGCUAAGGAACAGAUGAAGAAUGAAGUUCAAAGUUGGCCUUACAGUUUCCCGGCUUCAGAAGAUUUUCCACGCGCUGAUCAACGAGGCGCCAUAAGUGGGAGACUACUAGUUCAAGACAGCUAUAUCAGUGAAGACUGUAUAUCAGCAGAGGGUGCUUAUGUAGGGCUGGCUCCCCCUGGAGCCACUGGAUCAUUUCAAAAGGAAAACAAGGGCUAUCAGUUCUGGACAAAAGCAGACAACGAAGGCGUUUUCAUGAUCAACAACAUUCGCCCCGGGGACUAUAAUCUUUACGCUUGGGUCCCGGGCUUUGUUGGGGACUAUAAGUGUGCAGAAGCCAUUGAAAUCACUGCAGGUUGUGAAAUUGAUGUUGGUGAUCUUGUGUACAACCCUCCAAGAAAUGGCCCAACAUUGUGGGAAAUCGGCUGCCCCGAUCGCACUGCUGCAGAGUUCUUCAUCCCUGAACCUGAUCCCAUGUACAUCAAUAAGCUCUUAGUGAACCUCCCUGCAGAAAGGUUUAGACAAUAUGGACUGUGGGAGAGAUAUGCAGAGUUGUAUCCAGAUGGGGAUUUGGUGUAUACAGUUGGGACUAGUGACUACCAGAAAGAUUGGUUUUAUGCCCAUGUGAAUAGGAAAGUAGGCGACAAUUCAUUUAAAGCAACAACUUGGCAAGUAAAAUUCAAACUAGACAGUGUUGAUCAGACAGGAAACUACACCCUAAGAGUUGCACUUUCUUCUGCCACAUUCUCUAUUUUAGAGGUGAGGAUUAACGACCCAGAAGCGAGUCCACCUGAGUUCUCGAGUGGGUUAAUCGGGAGCGACAACGCGAUAGCAAGGCAUGGCAUUCAUGGCCUCUACUAUUUGUUCAACAUUGAGAUACAAAGUGGGAAGUUGCUACAAGGAGACAAUAAUGUGUACCUUACACAAUCAAGGAAUACAAGUGCCUUUCAUGGUCUUAUGUAUGACUACAUUCGUUUGGAGGGUCCUCCUACUCCCAAUCCAAUUUGAUUGCAUAGUUUCCAA